CAGCUUGCAUGCCUGCUCAUUUUGUCAUCAGGUCAGUUGAUACUGAAAUUGUUUGCCCUGCUGUUGUUUUGCUUGAUUUUGUUUUGUUUUGUUUUGUUUUGUUAUGUUUUGUUUUUGGGGGGCACAACCAAACAUGUUUCGGAGCCUGCUCUUCGCCAUCCUGUGGGGAUUAGCAGAGGCCGACAUCAGUCCAGCUCUGAAUGCACACUGGGAACUGUGGAAGGAGGCUCACAAUAAAGUUUACAAACAUGAGGUGGAAGAGUCUGGUCGCAGGCGUAUCUGGGAAGAGAACUUGCAGAUGAUCAGCGUCCACAACCUGGAGGCCACCCUGGGCAUGCACACCUACGAGCUGGCUAUGAAUCACUUGGGAGAUAUGACCAACGAGGAAGUUAUGGGGACGCUCAUGGGUACGGUGGUCCCUGCUGACCUGGAAAGGAUACAACUGAGUUUUAACUGGGAGUCAACCACACCUCAGUCUCUAGACUGGAGAAAAGGCGGCCUGGUCACUGAAGUCAAAACACAGGGUUCUUGCGGUUCCUGCUGGGCCUUCAGUGCGGUGGGUGCUUUGGAGGGUCAGCUGAAGAAAAGAACCGGUAAACUAGUUUCACUGAGCCCUCAAAACCUGGUGGACUGCUCCAUGGACUUUGGCAACCACGGUUGCCAUGGUGGGUUUAUGACUCACGCUUUCCAGUACGUUGACAAGAACCGCGGCAUUGACUCCGACCAGGCGUACCCCUAUAAAGCCAAGCGUGGCAUCUGCACAUACAAACCUCAAGAUCGCGCAGCCAACUGCUCAGGUUACUCAUUCGUGGCCAAAGGUGACGAAGAAGCCCUCAAGGUUGCCCUCGCCAACGUCGGCCCAAUUUCGGUGGCCAUUGAUGCUUCGCACUCUAAAUUUGUGUUCUAUCGCCACGGGGUGUAUGAGGACUUGGCCUGCACACACAAAGUGAACCAUGGUGUGCUAGCUGUGGGCUACGGGACAGAAAAAGGAAGAGACUACUGGUUGAUCAAGAACAGUUGGGGUGUCAAAUAUGGCGACAAAGGCUACAUCAAGAUGGCGCGCAACAGAUUCAACCAGUGCGGUGUUGCGCUCCAUGCAGUCUUCCCGGUCAUGUGAUUGUCAAUGUGUAAUGCCUUCAAAGGAAUUGAGAUUGUUUUAAGAAUGUCUAAAAUAAAGUGCCUUUAAAUGUCA